GACAGCACAGGAGCUCAGCAUGACGGCCCAGGGCCCGCGGGCGCUGGCGCUGCUGCUGACCCUGCCGCUGCUCGCCGUGGGGGCCCCGCCGGCCCGCCUGCUGGCCGCGCUGUCCUCGGGCCACGGUGCUCUGGACCGCGGGGCACUGGGCAGUCUGUUAAAUACGCUGGCGGACCGUGUGCACUGCGCCGACGGGCCGUGUGGAAAGUGCCUGUCUGUGAAUGAUGCCCUGGCCCUGGGCGGGCCCGAGACGCCGGGGCUCCCAGAGGGGCAAGUCCUAGCGCCCAGACACAUCGCCCGUCUCAGUGCCGCCGCCGCCCUCUACCUCAGCGACCCCAGGGGCACGUGUGCAGAUAUCCGGGCUGGCCGCUGGGCCGCCCGCGCUGACCAGCUCUUGGCCCUGCUGGAGGGCCCCACAGCGCUGGCCCCGGGCCUGAGCAGGCUGCUGCAAAGGAUCCAGGCCCAGACUGCUGGCUGGCCCGCUGCGGAGGCCUGCGUAGACCUGCCUCACCUGCUGGAGGAGACAGACAGGGCAGGAGCUCCCAACAGCCCUGGCCUGGUGCUGGCCGCCCUGUUGGACCAUGUCAGCAGCGGGUCCUGCCUCCGAGCCCUGCCCACCCCCCAGUAUUUUGUAGACUUUGUGUUUCGGCAGCACGGCGGCGAGACUCCCAACAUCACACUGGCUGAGCUGGAGGCCUUGAUGCAGCGCCUGGGGGUAGGCAGAGUGGCUGACACCGACCACAGUGACCACGAUCACCUGAGGACCAGGGCCAACUACCAGGGCCCUGUGCCCCUUACCACCCUGAACAGCAGCUCCAGCCUGUGGGACACAGUAUGCCUGAGUGCCAGCGAAGUGAUGGCUGUGUACGGGCUGUCUGAGCAGGCCGGGGUGACCCCAGAGUCCUGGGCCCAGCUGAGCCCUGCCCUGCUCCAACAGCAACUGAGUGGGGCCUGCAACCCCCAGCCCAGGAACCCCACCCAGGACCAGCUCAGCCAGGCGGAGAGGUAUCUCUACGGCUCCCUAGCCACGCUGCUCAUCUGCCUCUGUGCCAUUUUUGGCCUCCUGCUCCUGACGUGUGCCACCUGCCGCGCUGCCUCCCACUAUGUCAUCCAGACCUUCCUGAGCAUGGCCGUGGGCGCGCUCACAGGCGAUGCCAUCCUGCACUUAACACCCAAGGUGCUGGGGAUGCACUCCCACAGCGGGGAGGGCCUUGGCCCACAGACCACCUGGCGCCUCGUGGCCAUGCUGGGAGGCCUCUACACCUUCUUCCUGUUUGAAAACCUCUUUAAUCUCUUGCUGCCCCUGGACCCAGAGGACUCAAAGGAUGGGCCCUGCAGCCACAGCCAUGGUGGCCACAGCCAUGGGGUGUCCCUGCAGCUGGCGCCCAGCGAGCUCCGGCCACCUAAGCAGCCCCACGAGGGCUCCCGCGCAGACCUGGUGGCGGAGGAGAGCCCGGAGCUGCUGAGCGCGGAGCCCCGGAGACUGAGCCCAGAGCUCCGGCUGCUGCCCUACGUGAUCACACUGGGCGACGCGCUGCACAACUUCGCCGACGGGCUGGCCGUGGGCGCCGCCUUCGCGUCCUCCUGGAAGACCGGGCUGGCCACGUCGCUGGCCGUGUUCUGCCACGAGCUGCCACACGAGCUAGGGGACUUCGCGGCCCUGCUGCACGCGGGGCUGUCGGUGCGCCGGGCGUUGCUGCUGAACUUGGCCUCGGCGCUGACUGCCUUCGCCGGCCUCUACGUGGCGCUCGCUGUCGACGUCGGCGAGGACAGCGAGGCCUGGAUCCUGGCGGUGGCCACCGGCCUCUUCCUCUACGUGGCGCUCUGCGACAUGCUCCCGGCCAUGCUGCACGUGCGGGACCGGCGGCCCUGGCUCCUCUUCCUGCUGCACAACAUGGGCCUGCUGGGCGGCUGGACCGUCCUGCUGCUGCUGUCGCUGUAUGAGGACAACAUCACCCUCUGAUGGCCCCCGCCCCACUCUCCGGCCCUUGAUGCUGCCUGCUGACCCUGGCCUAUCUCAGCCCCUUGCCCCGACCUGCCAGUGCGGGGCCUGCCCCUGGGUGCACCCGCCCCGCCUCCGCCUCCUGCUUCAAUAAAGACAUUCUUGUCCUUGGAGCCCAGCUGCUCUACGUGCUGUUAGGGAAGUGUCUCCCACCAGGAGAGGCAGACAGGUGGGGCUCUGACCAGGAACCUGCUGGCAGCCCGCCCCAGUCCCCCUCUGCAAGGUGCAGUGGGGUCAGAGAAAUUGGCGGGGGUCUGCAGGUAGCAGGUGAGGCCUGGUCUCCAAUCAGGAAUCAAACUUGUUGACUCAUAGCAAAAAGACCAAAACAACCCGCUAUGCUCGCCUAGAAAGAGGUCGAGAGGCCCCUGGGUGGCUCCGUCUGUGAAGCGUCUGCCUUGGGCUCAGUCACGAUCCCAGGGUCCUGAGAUCGAGUCUCAGGUGGAGGUCAGGCUCCCCGGUCCAUGGAGGAUCCUGCUUCUCCCUCUCCCAGUGCCUUUGCUGGUCUUCUGCUGGUGCCCACUCUCUCUGUCAAAUGAGUAAAUAAAAUCUUUAAAAAAAAAAGAUAGAGGCCUAGAGCUGGUCAGGCUAGAGUGUGUGGCCCAUGGUCCGCGGGGCCUGGGCCUCUUCUGCUCUGAGGUCUGUGCCAGAACUGUUCAUCCUCCAAGUCCCCUUGUAGCCCCCCAGGCUGUAGCACAGCCCACCACAAACUGUGAGCCUUAAAAACGACAUUUUCUCACCAUUCUGAAGGCAGAAGUCUAAAAUCAAGGUGUCGGUAAGCUGUGUUCCUUCUUGGCUCCAUAGGAAGAAUUUGUCACAUGAGACUUUACUGGUUUCUGGUGGGCCCAAGUGUUCCGUGUCUGGGGCAGGAUGAGUCCAGUGUCCUCUGUUUUAUGACCUCUCCUCGUGUGUCUCUUCUCUUCUCCUAUGGGAUUACCAGCUCACCCUACUCCAGUGUAUCCUUGUCUUAACUAAUUCUAUCUGUAAUGACACUAUUUCCAAAUAAAAGUCACAUUCUGAGGUA